AUGAUCAGCCCAGCCUGGAGCAUCUUCCUCAUUGGGACUAAAAUUGGGCUGUUCCUCCAGGUGGCAACACUAUCAGUUAUGGCUAAACCCUGUCCAUCUGUGUGCCGCUGUGAUGCCGGUUUCAUUUACUGUAACGAUCGCUUUUUGACAUCCAUUCCAACAGGAAUACCAGAGGAUGCUACAACUCUCUACCUUCAGAACAACCAAAUAAAUAAUGCUGGGAUUCCAUCAGAUUUGAAAAACUUACUGAAAGUAGAAAGAAUAUACCUAUAUCACAACAGUUUAGAUGAAUUUCCUACCAAUCUACCAAAGUACGUCAAAGAGUUACAUCUGCAAGAAAAUAACAUAAGAACCAUCACUUAUGAUUCACUUUCAAAAAUUCCUUAUCUGGAAGAAUUACAUUUAGAUGAUAACUCUGUCUCAGCUGUUAGCAUUGAAGAGGGGGCAUUUAGAGACAGUAACUAUCUCCGGCUGCUUUUCCUGUCUCGUAAUCACCUUAGCACAAUCCCCUGGGGUCUGCCCAGGACUAUAGAAGAGCUCCGCUUGGAUGAUAAUCGCAUAUCCACCAUCUCAUCACCAUCUCUUCAAGGUCUCACUAGCCUAAAACGCCUGGUUUUGGAUGGAAACCUGCUGAAUAACCAUGGAUUAGGUGAUAAAGUUUUCUUCAAUCUAGUCAACUUAACAGAACUGUCACUGGUACGGAAUUCCCUGACUGCUGCACCAGUCAACCUUCCAGGCACAAACCUGAGGAAGCUUUAUCUUCAAGAUAACCAUAUCAAUAGGGUGCCCCCAAAUGCUUUUUCUUACCUGAGGCAGCUGUAUCGACUUGAUAUGUCCAAUAAUAACCUAAGUAAUUUACCUCAGGGUAUCUUUGAUGAUUUGGACAAUAUAACACAACUGAUUCUUCGGAACAAUCCCUGGUAUUGUGGGUGCAAGAUGAAAUGGGUACGUGACUGGUUACAAUCACUACCUGUGAAGGUCAAUGUGCGUGGGCUCAUGUGCCAAGCCCCAGAAAAAGUUCGAGGGAUGGCUAUCAAGGACCUCAAUGCGGAACUAUUUGAUUGUAAGGACAACCUGGUUGUAAGCACCAUUCAGAUAACCACCGGGACGCCCAAUACAGUGCAUCCUGCUCAAGGACAGUGGCCAGCUCCUGUGACCAAGCAACCAGACACAAAGAACCCCAAACUCACUAAGGAUCAGCGAACCACAGGGAUUCCGGCAAGAAAAACAAUUACCAUUACUGUGAAAUCUGUCACCUCUGACACAAUUCAUAUCUCUUGGAAACUCAUCCUACCUAUGACGGCUUUAAGACUCAGCUGGCUCAAACUGGACCACAGCCCAGCAUUUGGAUCUAUAACUGAAACAAUUGUAACAGGAGAACGCAGCGAAUACUUGGUCACAGCCCUGGAGCCUGAUUCACCCUAUCGAGUCUGCAUGGUUCCCAUGGAAACCAGUAACCUCUAUCUAUUCGAUGAAACUCCUGUUUGUAUUGAGACUGAAACUGCACCCCUUCGAAUGUACAACCCUACAACCACCCUUAAUCGAGAGCAAGAGAAAGAACCUUACAAAAACCCCAAUUUGCCACUGGCUGCCAUCAUUGGCGGGGCUGUGGCCCUGGUGACCAUCGCCCUGCUUGCUUUGGUGUGCUGGUACGUUCAUAGGAACGGAUCCCUCUUCUCACGGAACUGUGCGUACAGCAAAGGCAGGAGAAGAAAGGACGACUAUGCGGAAGCUGGCACCAAGAAGGACAACUCCAUCCUGGAAAUCAGGGAGACUUCUUUUCAGAUGUUACCGAUAAGCAAUGAACCCAUCUCAAAGGAAGAAUUUGUAAUACACACCAUAUUUCCUCCUAAUGGAAUGAAUCUGUACAAAAACAAUCACAGUGAAAGCAGUAGUAACCGAAGCUAUAGAGACAGUGGUAUUCCAGACUCCGAUCACUCACACUCAUGA